AGGGGCUUGGGGACUAGACAGUCGGUUAUAUUCACUGGUGUCCGCUAUCUACACCGUUUUGUAUAUGCAGGUCUUUGAGGCAAACCAUUUGAGGUUAACGAUUACCAAUCUCAUAGAAAAUCAUCCUCUUUUCAUCCUACGGGAAUUUAAUCAUGGGGGACGAGCAAGUCGUCAAGAAAGGGAAGCGUCACACGUCCCGCCAGAAAUGGCUGACCGGCGGCGUGCCACGCUACAGCCGCUCUCAGAUGUAUGAACGGGCUGCCCGCUACAAGAAGAAACAUGUGGCCGUCAAGAAGGACAGGAAGAGACCAGCUGCCAUGGUAGAGAAGGACAUCGGCGGAGAGAAGAACGGCGGAAAGCGUCUGGUCCGAGCCCGCAGACUGCCCCGCUACUACCCCACUGAGGACCUUCCCAGGAGGCUCAACAGCCGCAAGAAGCCCUUCAGUCAGCACAAGCGCAAGCUGAGAGACAGCCUGACCCCAGGCACUGUGGUGAUUCUCCUGCGUGGACCCUACAAGGGAAAGCGGGUCAUCUUCCUCAAGCAGCUUGGGUCUGGUCUGCUUCUCGUCAAUGGUCCAUUGAAGAUCAACGGUGUGCCCAUGCGUCGCAUCAACCAGAUCUACGUGAUUGCCACCCAGACCAAAGUGGACAUCAGCGGGGUCAAGAUCCCCAAGAGGGUCAACGAUGAAUACUUCCGCCGUAAGAAGCUGAAGAAGCCCAGAAACCAAGAGGGGGAGAUCUUCGACACGGAAAAGGAGAAGUACACCGUGUCUGAUGAGCGCAAGGAGGACCAGAAAGACGUAGACGGCCAGCUGCUUCCCAUCAUCAAGAACGAAGCCAGCCUGAAGGGCUACCUGCAGAUGCCCUUCUACCUCAGCAACAAGCAGUACCCUCACAAGUUGAAAUUUUAGGGGACCGGCGCUGCCCCAAUCACCCGAACUCUCGACAAGCUUUCCGUUCUCUACAUGUUGUGGACGUUGUCCCAAAAUGACCGACACCACAAAGGCACAUCCUUUGCAUGGGGUCUUAUCAACAAAUGGCAUUUUUGAUUUGAGUGAUGCCUCAAACUGUGCUGUUUUAGAAAUUUAUCCUGGGAAAGGGAUGACUUGUCUGUCUAUGAUUGACCGCAGGAGGUUUAAAUAAAAGUCUAUGGGUUAUCAAACCAAAGGAUGAA